AUGGCCAGACAGUCUGCCAAGUCUGCCAAGACCACAAGUAACCUGAUACAUUCCCUGGGACUGAGCCACCAUCUGAUCACACUGAAUUUCCUCAUCAUCUCUUUUGGCAAGAAAAGCGCAAGGUCUUCUCCGAAAGUGAAGGUGACGGACACCAACUUCGAUGGGGUGGAAGUCCGAGUAUUUGAAGGUGCUCCAAGACCAGACGAGCCGCUGCGACGCAGCGUGGUCUUUAUCCAUGGAGGAGGCUGGGCCUUGGCUAGUGCAAAAAUCAGCUACUAUGACCAGCUGUGCACAGCAAUGGCUGAGGAGCUGAACGCCGUCAUCGUUUCUAUUGAAUACAGGCUAGUCCCACAGGUUUAUUUUCCUGAGCAAAUUCAUGAUGUCAUCCGUGCCACUAAAUACUUCCUGCAGCCAGAAGUCUUAGACAAGUACAAGGUCGACCCUGGAAGAGUCGGCAUUUCUGGAGACAGUGCUGGUGGGAAUCUGGCUGCCGCCCUUGGACAGCAGUUUACCUACGUUGCCAGCCUGAAGAAUAAGCUCAAACUACAGGCUCUGAUCUACCCGGUCCUGCAGGCUUUGGACUUCAACACACCCUCUUACCAGCAGAGCAUGAACGCCCCCAUCCUGCCGCGGCACGUCAUGGUUAGAUACUGGGUAGACUACUUCAAGGGCAACUACGAAUUUGUAGAGGCAAUGAUUGUGAACAAUCACACUUCACUUGAUGUAGAAAGGGCUGCAGCCCUCAGGGCCCGUCUCGACUGGACAUCCCUGUUGCCCUCAUCCAUCAAAAAGAACUACAAGCCUGUCAUGCAGACCACAGGUGACGCCAGGAUCAUCACGGAGCUCCCUCAGCUGCUGGAUGCUGCUGCUUCUCCGCUCAUCGCCGAGCAGGAAGUGCUUCAGGCUCUUCCGAAGACCUACAUCCUCACGUGCGAGCACGACGUCCUGCGUGAUGAUGGGAUCAUGUACGCCAAGCGCUUGGAGAGCGCGGGUGUGAACGUGACCUUGGAUCACUUUGAGGACGGCUUCCAUGGCUGUAUGAUUUUCACAAGCUGGCCGACCAACUUUUCCGUGGGAAUCCGGACUAGGAAUAGUUACAUCAAAUGGCUGGAUCAAAACCUGUGAUGGAGGAAACUCCUCAGACGCACGAAGUUCUUGACUCUGUUUGCUUUGGAAAAAACCAUGCUUUUCAGACAUCAUCUUUUCCUCGUUUUGCAUUAGUGCUGAAAUCUGUACCCUACAGACCUUAUAAUAAUUUAUAAAGUGACUCUGACUAACUUGGUUAAAGACAUCUGAACUUGGUUUCCCAAAUGAAUCGUUUUUUGCUGUUCUUUUUUGAAGCCCAAGUGCUAGGUAAGAAUGGCCACAGUUUGAGGAGCUAGAAAUAGCCUCUAUUGUGUUCUUUCCAGCUCUAGGUGAGGUAGUAAAUUCUGAAGAACAAAAACAAUUACAACAACACAACCAUGAGCUUUUCUUCAGAUUGCUCAGGUUGAUGUGGGCUGCAGGGCAGAGUCUAGUGGACACUCUGAGGGCAGCCCCUGGAACUGCGUAGCCUCUGCCUCCCAGGAUGGUUGUGUUUCCUGUGGGAAUUUUGACGGGAUUUCUAGCAAGACAGAUUCUUUCUCAAAAGCUUUGCUUCCUCAGGAGUAUUAAUUUUCUGAGCUGGAUGCUGUAAAUUCAAUGAGGCUAAAGGGAUAUUUGAAAGUUACUUUCUAAAAAAAAAAAAAAAAAAAAGAAAGAAAGAAAGAAAGAAAGAAAGAAAGAAAGAAAGAAAAAGUUACUUUCUACUGCUAUUAAGAAAGCAUGAGGCUACAUGGACUGGCUGUUUCCUUGGGAAAAUAUUUUGGGAACAAACUUAUUUAACUGUAGAGUAAGUUUUCUAUUAUGAAAUAAGUAAAGGUAGAAAAAUAACAGCCUGUUGUUACUUAAGAAUACUGUUGGCAUAAGUUACUUAAAGUGGUGUGUAUAUAUUUGGGAUAGUAAGAAAAUAUGUUUAAUAAUAGCUUAAAAUGAUGAGAAAUGCCUACAGAAAGCUUUGCCCAUUUUUGGCAGAAGGCCUAGUACAUUGAAACCUCAACCUUUUCACUCGUAGCUAAAAAUGGGACUAUUUUGGUAUAGCAGUUGUUUAUUUUUUAAGUUAUUUAAUGUUAAUAUAUAUAGCUAAACAGGAUUUUUCUGUAAAAACAUUAAAAAAUUUAAGAUAAAAGAUAUUUUAAAAAGAAAACUACCAUAAAGUUAUAUCCACAUGUAAUUUUGUGAGAAAAUACAUAAAUAUAGCAGUACCACAUGUAAGUAAGGAUCAAAUACUUUGAUAUUUAUCUGCAUAUGCAAAUUAAAAAUAAUUAGAAACUUUUUACCUAGUAAGUCAUGUUGUACUAGGUACACGAUGCUGGUUGGUCAUCCUUAACCCAAAUCUGACCUAUUUAUUCCAAAAUCCAGAAUUUUGAGUCAGGUCUUAAGAUACAAGUGGAAAAUUUCAGCGGACAUUUAAUUUGUAUAUAAAAUUAUUAAUGUUUAAUUUGUAUAUAAAGUUAUUAAACAUAUUGUGUUGAAGCUACCCUCAGGCCAUGUAGAUCAGAUGUAUAAAAAGCACAAAUGAAUGUCUCAAUUAGAUUUGGGUUCCAUUUGCAAGAUAUUUUAUUAUGUAUAUUCAAAUAUUCUAAUGUCUAGAAAAAUUAAAACCCUGAUACUCUGGUUCCCAGCUCUUCAGUUGAAGGAUAGCGAACCUGUAGUUUAAACAGCUUAGGUAAGACUCAUCUGCACAUCGCUGCCCACAAUGGCCAGGGGAACCCUCAGGGAAUCCUCUGGGUGAAGGGCAGAUGCUAACACUGCCUGUUCCUCUUAGUUCUCUUUCCAUUCCUGUCCUGAAAUUUUAACUGCCGAGCCUUACCUUCAUAGAAGGUCUUCACUGCCAGUGUGGGCAUCUUGGGCAUAUUAAGGGAUUCCAGAUUACAUAUGAGUUGAGCACCCUGCCCUUUUUCCUAUCACCCCAGCUUCUGCCGAUAAUCCAUGCUACAUUAAGGGACUGUUCAGAGGACAUUCAGCCAAGUCAUGAUCCAGUUCGUCAUGAAGAGAGAGCUUUCCACUCUAUGAAGGGUGCUGGUUUCUGGUUUCCAGCAACAAGAUAACAAGUGAAAAUUUGCACAGUGACUUUUCAUUUAUCGUAAAAGCUACUAGCACGUUUAUGUAUAAAACUAAUGUAACUCUGUGUGUGUGCGUGUGCGUGUGCGUUGUAUGCAUAUGAAAUGACUGCACAGGCUACUUUGCUGAUGUAUGCUGUCUGCAUAUAGAAGUAUUUGCAUAGGCUACCUUGCUGAUGUACCCAUGUCACUGGUCUCCCUUUUAUCUAAAAUCUGAGAGUAGAAUAACCUGAUCUUUGAGGCCUCUUCCAAUAUUAGUCUUUCCUAAGGUAAUUUUUAGUAGGUCAUAAUUCGAUAUACACUAACGUAUUCAUCUCUGAAGACUGAUUUUGCUUAUAAUUUUUUUUUUAAAUUGGCCACAUAGCAUUAAUACCUCCACAGGGUUGCAGUUGUUCACAUUUACGACGUAAGUUGAUGCCCAUCUUCAGCUGAGGUUGUUAUGGGGGUCAGGGAUCAAUCAUAGAAUGUUUUUUAAACCUGAUAUUUUCGUUCCUAUUUGAGUGAUGGACAUCUUUUCAAGGUGCUGGGUGUGAAACCCUGGGCCUUACAUGCUUGGCAAGUGCUUUACCCUCGAGCUACACCUGAAGCUCCAUCCCUGGUCCCUUCUGCACCAUUUGAGGGUGUGAAUUAUAUUUUGACUUUAUCUACCUCUGAGAAAGAGGAAAAUGUAAUUAUUCACAGAGUCUCUCAAAAUGGCAUUUCUCUUCCCAAACUAAGCCAAAUUCUGCAGAAAUCAUGGAAAGUAAAUGGUGGCAGAUUUCUGAAGAGGCCUCAAAGAUGCAAAGAAAAUAUAGGGGACAAAGGGGCCACCCAUGGCAUCUGAUGACAUACUUGAGUGUUCUUGUUCUUUGGGGUUUUAUUCUUACAGAUAUGUUAUGCUCUACAGCCUGAUCUCUUCAGUCCAAGACAGUUUGGCUUCACUUUCCUGUGUUAUGAAAAGGUCACACUUUGGAAUACUGAAGGAGAGUCUUGAGGUGCUUCGGAGUGUAGCAAACGCCUGUUUUCACGUUCAUUUAUGAGGACUCAGACUUACGGAAUGAUGCCGAAUAGAAUGUUUUGUGCAUGACCUUUUAACCUUUGACUUUUGCCAAUUCCUCACUGCAACAGGGGGAAGGCAGUUUUAUGAAGAGUUUUAGGAAUAAAUACAUUUUAUAGAAUGCAAAUCCAGUAUGGUACUGGGGAAGUUUAUUUAUGCUUGCAAUCUUGUUUGGAAAUAAAAUGGUUCCAUCUGGAA